AUGAAUUUCGAGCUCCCCGCCGACCUUCAAAACUACAUCGCGCGUGUCGAUGCAUUCAUCGAGGACAAGAUCCUCCCACUCCAGCACAAGGACGACAACAACCGCUUCUUUGACCACCGUCGUGAAUCGUCGCGAACGCAAUGGGACAACCUGGGCCUGCCCACUCAUGAGUGGGAGGCCCUGCUGAAGCAAGCACGCAAACUGUCCGAUGAGGCGGGUUUCUACCGAUUCGGGUUUCCCAAGGAAUUUGGCGGCGCCGGCAGUGAGCACCAGAACCUGUACAUGUGUGCCAUCCGGUAUCAUCUGGCGUCCCACCCGGUCUAUGGCGGCGGCGUGAGCCUGGCCAACGACCUGCAGAACGAGCACAGUGUCGUCGGCAAUAACCCGUUCAUCAUCAUGAUGCACCACUACGGCACCAAGGAGCAGCAGAACAAGUAUAUUCCGGCCAGCAUCAAGGGCGAGUUCAGGUCCACAUUUGGCCUGACCGAGAUCUAUCACGGCUCCGACGCUACCCACAUGGACACCACGGCCAAGUCCAUCACGCUGCCCAACGGCGAGCCCGGCUACGAGAUCAACGGCAACAAGAAGUGGCAGACUGGCAUGCACGCCGCCACGCACUGCCUGGUCUUUGCACGGACCUCGGGCCAGAACGGAUCCCCCAAGGGCAUCACCGCCUUCAUCGUCCCCCGAGAGACGCCCGGCGUGAAGGUGGCCUCGUACGAGUGGACGCUCAACAUGCCGACCGACCACGCCACCGUGCUCUUCGACAAAGUCCAGGUCCCCGCCACGGCCAUCCUGGGACCGGUGGACAACGGGCUGGCCAUCGCCCAGACAUUUACCCACGAAAAUCGCAUUCGUCAGGCGGCCUCCAGCUGCGGUGCGGCCCGGUACUGCAUCGACCGCAGCGUCGAGUACGCGAAGAAGCGGACCGUGUUUGGGAAGCCGCUCUCGGGCAACCAAGCCAUCCAGUGGCCGCUCGUGGAGCUCUCGACCCAGGCGGAGAUGCUGCGACUCCUGAUCCUCCGCACCGCGGUGGAGAUGGACCAGGUCACGGCGGCGUGCAAGGCCAACGGCAGCGCGCCGUGGAUCGCCAUCGAGAAGCAGCUCGGCCACAAGAUCGGCAUGUGCAACUACUACGCCAACCGGCUGUGCUGCGAGUCCGCCGACCGGGCGAUCCAGAUCCACGGCGGCGUGGGCUACUCGCGACAUUACCCCUUUGAGCACAUCUGGCGACACUUCCGGAGAUACCGGAUCACCGAGGGCAGCGAGGAGGUGCAGAUCCGCAAGGUCGCCGCGUAUCUGUUUGGCUACAAGACAACGGGGACGGAGGACAAGAAACCCGAGGCAAAACUGUGA